AACGUGAUGUCCUAACUAAGGUAUAUUGUGUCAAUACAGUGAUGAUCGCGACGUACCGUGGUGUCCUAACGAAGGAUCUUCACCAAUGACCUCAACCAAACCUUGCACAAACCUUGAACAAGGACAGACUGAAUAUGAGGUAUGAUGGAUUGGUACAAAGGUUUUUUCGGAGGCGAUGUCACCUGCUACUGCUGCUGGUCGUUAUGAUAUUUCUCAUGACACGUGACCAGGUUAGCAAACUCUCGAAGGAUGUGUCCUUUAAGAGUUUCCGGUAUCCAUUGGACAUCAACAUGACGGCUCUAGUACGGGCGUACCGAGCAGGUAAGCCGCUGGACAAGAAGCCCAUCAACAAUUACCAAUACAAAUACACUACCGACGUCUCUAACAAAUGCAAACAGAGUGAUAUAUUCCUUCUAUUCCUUGUCAAGUCUUCCGUCCGUCAUUUUGACAGAAGGGAUUCAAUUCGAUCCACCUGGGGAAAGGAGGGCCCCACAUCGAGUACAUUUCAAUAUAAGACGAUAUUUUUGGUUGGAAUGCCAAGGGAGAACGACGACCAUCGAAUUCACAAAACAUUGCAGGACGAGAUUAAUCGACACAACGAUGUCCUACAAAUGACGUUCAGGGAUGAUUAUUACAACAACACUCAAAAGACGGUCGGUGGAAUCCACUGGGCCGUCAAGCACUGUGGCCACGCUCAGUUCGUCGUGUUCAUGGAUGACGACUUCUACGUAGCCACGCCCUUUCUUAUAGCAUUUCUCGACCCCCUCUCUGCCAAACAGCACGAGACACUCUUCAUGGGAAAUCUCCACGAAGACGCACCUGAACGGAAUGAGUAUGGAAAGUGGUUUAUAUCCUACGAGGACUAUCCUUUUAACCGCUACCCACCGUUCAUAAGUGCCGGGGCUAUGCUCAUAUCUAUGCAUUUCUUGAAGGAUAUACAAAUUGCAAUACCAUAUACCAAGAACUUUCUAUUCGAUGAUGUCUUUCUUGCUAUUGUGGUGUUUAAACUGGGGGUAUAUCCCCAACACAACUCUAAUAUUUACACUGGUGAAAAGAGGAUAGAACACAACAGCAUGCUAUUCCACAGUGUCAUUGCUUCUCAUGGCUAUUAUAACGAUGUACUCCUGCAGGCAGCCUGGCAGACACAUACGAUGUAUGUGGACGCUCUACGGAGGGUAUUGAACCCUUCUCGACAACGAACAUCUGACAACACAGGGCAGACGACGCAUAUAUAACAUGAAUUGUACAUUAGAUAGCAUCACGUUAAGCAAUUCAAUAUAA